CCGAAUAAAUAUUCACUGGUUCCUACUCCGCGCACUCUCGCCAACCUUCAUCGAAGACGAUCAAACUUUUACUAGAUAAAUUUCGAAGUACUUUUCGAUUUCCAAGCAAUUAGAGGAUUUUGUUUAUAUAUUUGUUGUCUAUCAAAUUAAGUCCCAAACACAAAAGUAUGGGUAUCACUGAAAACACAAAAAGAAGAAUUGCAUUUGUGCUAAUUGAUGGUCUUGGAGAUGUGUCGAUUCCGAGGUUCCAGUACAAAACAGCUCUUGAAGUUGCCAAUACCCCGAAUUUGGACGCCAUUGCUUUUGCUGGAGUCAAUGGUCUCAUGGACCCUGUUGAGGCGGGUUUGGGAUGCGGCAGUGAUACUGCACAUCUUUCUCUACUUGGUUAUGAUCCAAGAAUCUAUUACCGAGGCCGGGGAGCUUUUGAGUCUAUGGGUGCGGGAUUAGCCAUGGCUCCAGGAGACAUCGCCUUCAAGUCAAACUUUGCCACCUUGGAUGAGAGCUCUGGUAUUGUGACAAGUAGGAGAGCGGAUCGGCAUUUCGAGGAAGAGGGACCGAUUCUUUGUGCAGCAUUAGAUGGCAUGAAGCUUCCAUCCUUUCCAGAAUAUGAAGUGAGAGUCAGAUACGCCACCGAACACAGGUGCGGGGUGGUCGUCAAAGGGCCAAAAUUGAGUGGAAAUAUCUCCGGGACAGACCCAUUAAAAGACAACCGCUUACUUUUGGAAGCCAAACCUCUAGAUGAUACGGAGGAAGCGAAAAAUACAGCUUCUGUUGUCAAUGAACUUUCCAAAGAAAUAUCACGAAUUUUGGUUGCUCACCCUUUGAAUGCAAAACGGGCAACGGAAGGGAAAAACAUCGCAAAUGUUGUUCUUUUACGAGGUUGUGGAAUUCGCAUAGAGGUUCCUGCAUUCGAGAAACAGCAUGGAAUGUCUUCAUGCAUGGUGGCUCCUACCAAAAUUAUUGCAGGUUUAGGUUUAUCGUUGGGAAUCGACAUCCUUGAAGCUCCUGGAGCCACUGGAGAUUACCGAACUCUCUUAACAUCAAAAUCCACUGCUAUUGCUACGGCACUUUCCGCUCCACUGCAGCCACCUCCAUGUGUUUUUGUGCCCGGCGAGGAUGAACACAAACCCGGUCAACCAGAUGGAUAUGAUUUCGGCUUCCUUCAUAUCAAGGCAAUCGAUGAUGCCGGCCACGAUAAAGCCACGGUACUAAAAGUGCGUUGCUUGGAAGCAGUUGACAAAGCAAUUAGUCAGCUGGCUCGACUACUAUGGCAAGCUGAAAAGUCCGGCAAGUUCCAAUAUUAUCUUUGCAUUACCGGGGAUCACUCGACACCAGUGGAGUACGGAGAUCAUAGUUUUGAACCUGUACCAUUUGCAUUGUGCCAAUUGAAGGACUUUGUUGGUGUUGUUGGUGAGGCCAAGGUGUUAGAAGCCUCUCUUGAUGCUUUCAUACUCCCUUCAGUGGAUGCCGGUGAAGACUUGAUUGAAGAUAUCGUAUUUCCCGGGAAAGUUGUGGAGUCGUCGAAAACUCCUUGCGGCGAUUCGGUUUGUAUUUUCAGUGAAAUUGCAGCAGCCAAGGGGUGCCUCGGCCGGUUUCCGGGGAGCGAGAUGAUGGGUAUAAUCAAGAAGUUCAUGAAGCUGAAGAAUGAUUAAAUACUUCUGAGAAAUUAUAAAAUGAUGUAACCUGCUGGAAAUAAUUGUAAGAACGAAACUUAUAAACGCUUCCGAAGGAAUUCUGUACCUUUUCUGCAGUAA